AUGAGUGUCGCCGUACUUCCCGCCCUGAUCCCCGACAUCAGGCAGAUCUACGACAUCUACUUCCGGUCUUUUGGCAACGACAAGAUGGGCCAGAUCAUGAUUCAGAUUUUGUUCCCGCAGGGCACCGACUCGGAGGAGUUCCGCCAGGCCCACGCGGCCGGCACGCUGGCCUACUGGCAGACCAACACGACGCAGUACACGCAAAAGGUGGUCGACAUGGCGACGGGGGACAUCAUCGGCAUGUGUCUGGGCGACGUGUACCUAAAAGAGCGCAGCCCCGAGGAGCGCAAGAAUGAGGGCGUGCCGUGGCUCGAGGGCGCGCAGCGCGAGCGCGCCGAGGCGGUGCUGAACCCGCUGUGGGAGAUGCGGGAGAAGCUGUUUGGGGGCAGGCGGUACCUUUACUCGCACGUCAUCGCCGUCGACCCCAAACACCAGGGCCGCAAGGUCGGCGCCGCCCUCGUCAAGUGGGGUGCCGAGCAGUGCGAGAUGACGGGCCUGCCGUGCUACUUUGAGUCGUCGCCGACGACGGCGGGGCUCUACCUCAAGAUGGGCUGGGAGCUGCUCCCGGAGCAGAUCGUGCACAAGAAGGAGGUGCUCGGCACCGACGAGGACAUUGUCGUGCCCCUCAUGGUGCGCAUGCCCUCGUGGGCGGGCAUGACCUUUGCCGAGUGGAGGGCCCGGGGUUACCCAGACUACAUCAGCAACAAGGCGCCGACGCUCCAGCCGGGUGCCGUUGCCGCCGCCGGUAAGGCGCCUGUGUCCGUCGCCGCUGUUGCCGCUGUUGCCGCCUCGACUGACCCGGCGCCCGUGCCAGUGCCUGCACCUUUGGGUGCGUAG